AUCACCGCUUUCUUUUUCGGGAUCGAAAUGAAUGAAACAUGACAAAUACGGUUACAACUGACUCUGAUGCUUGGUCUUCUGUCACUGAACAAAGUAUUUUUCUUGACGAUGGCCUUAAAUUUCUUGUGGAGGUUCUCCAACCGCCUGCAAUCUCCACAGAGCACUCCACAUUCGUGGAGCGCAUUUCGGAGCACAAGUUUGAAACUUCUUCAAACGCGGAACUUCGCAAACGCCUUCUGAAAACAUGUGCUCUACAACACAGCUCAUACUACAAGCUUUUUGAUUAUCGUCAGCGUGCUUUGCUUGGCCUCUGGCAGUCACAGAAAUCCAAGAUAAUACCAUUAUCGUCGAAAAAUUCUUGCCCUCCUGCUGUUGAUUCCAAAGAGGGAAAACCGAAAGUUCCUUUUCAGGAUGAUUCUUUUUCGUCCCAUGUUAGCCUUCUUCUUCUAGUUCCUAUUUUAGAAUCUCAAAGCCGAACAGAUCCUUCUUUAGCUGGACAGUGUUCAGAAUUGUUACUUCAGUGUCUUCAAAAUUGCGCUCCAAACUCUCUCGCAGCUGAGCCUACAAGCUGCAUCAAAGGUUUGGCUAAUUUGUUGUGCAAUUGGCUCCAGCAAGCCAACGAUGAAGAAAAUAUCAGUAGACAGGAGGAACUGGCUCGGUGUGGAGUAAAGCGAGAGAGUCUAGUGGCGGCUCUUGUCUCUUUAGCUUGCGCGAGGUUGUCUGUUCAUCUAUUUAUUCAAGUACUUGACAUCCUUCUGCAGCAGAGGACUCCCCUGACCAAGCUGCCUGUUGGUGCUGUACUGAAGAGAAUGGUUGAAUAUGAAAGAAAAGGUUUCUUCAGUGAAUCUAGUGUGAUACAAACUUCCAGGUUUAUCUCUAGCUGGAAAUUUGACACAAAUUUAACUGAAUUUGAUGAUUCAAUAAACAACAGUGACCAGAUUAAUACUCUUGCUUGUGAUGGAAAGUUCUUGUACCAUGUUAGUGGAGAAAGUAAAGGGCUUGUCAAGAUUGGCACUGGAAAGUGGGGAACUGUAAGGAGUGCUGUUUAUGCCAGAAAUGCUGAUCUAAAGAAUGGGUGGCUAACCAUUGUACAGGAUAGGUUGUUAUUUCGACCAAAGCAGUUUGAUACCCAACCUGCAAACUUAUGUUAUGUAUUGGAUGUAGUGUCCUUGAAGGUCUUACAGACAAUAAAGUUUAGGGAUGCAGUUGAACCUGGAGCUGAUGAAAUGCAAACUCUGCAAUGCAGAACAGUGCAAUUACUGAGUGAUCAGGUUCAUUUAUUUUGGCUGUGGUGUUCAACACCAACAGAAUCAGCCAGUCAAGAGAAUAGAAGAGUGGAUUUGUGGUUACAAGAAUUCAAACUAGAAGCAUGUGAUGAUAAAUUAAAAGCCUCUCCUUGUGGUGAACCAGUUGUUGUGUCAAAGAAGGAGGAACCUCCUUCCUGUUUGUCAUCACCAUUGCCCGUCAGACAUUCACCAACAACACCUACUGGACAAAAAGAUGCAGAAGAUAUUGUCAGUUGUGGUGUAUCAAUGGGCACUCUGAAGCAGUCAGCCAUGUUUAUCAGUGGUGAAACAUUGGUUAUAGUGGUUCCACACCUUACCAGUCCUUCUGGUCCUAUGCUGCUGACACUUAGGGGACAAAAAAGUCCAACAAAUUAUUGCUUUUCAACUGUGGAUGGUUCUUGUGUUAAGCAUGAGAGUGUUGUUAACUCAGCUUCAUCAAAAUGGCAAGAUUUAAUAGCUCCAGGACUAAGUGUCUGUCAUGAUGUAGUUAACAGUAGGCUGUGGAGUUAUUGCUGCAAUCAUAUUGGUGAAUGGGUAUCUGGUGGACUUCCAUCCUGUAAUCAAAUAUCUCAGCUUCUUGGAACUUCAGGCUCAGCUGUAACCACACAAGGUUCAGUUGACCUGGUGGAGGCUUCUUCGCUCCUGGCACAUCACAUAACAUAUCUAUGCAGACGACAAGAUGCUAAGACAAAGGUGGCUUCAACGAAAAAUGAAGAGAUUCAUUUUGGUGAUACUUCAGACUUUUGCAACAUAAGGCAUAUCAACAAUGUUUUAAAUGCUGCCAUUACCAAUGGCCAACAUGAUGUUACAAUAGCCAUGCUAGUUGCUCUGCAAACUCUUAUGACACAAGUCAGUGAAAGGGCAAACAAGCUUGAUGACAACUCUGUUAAAGGAACAAAACAUCUUGUUUGGAAACUGGUUCAGUCUCCUGCUGAUUCUGUUGGAGCUGAAAUCAAGCUUGAAGCUUUUAAGGUGUUGACAGUUGGUCUGGAAGUGUUUUAUUCCACUCCGUCAGAGAGGAGUGCUCUACUAAUGCUACUAUUGUCUGAAGGAGAGUCUUCUUCAGACAUGGCAAUGCUGUUGAAUUUUUUACUCUCAAAUUUAACUGAGAACUUAAUGAGUCAUAAACCUGGGGCAUCAUCCAACGAAAGGUUAGCAGAAGAUGUGGUCUUUGCUGCUCUGAAAGUAUCUGUCAAAGAGUCAUGUCACUUGAUCAUGCAGUGUUGUAGUCUAGAGGAUGAACCAUUCUGUGCUCUGGUUGCCAAACACCCAGACCUUUCUCCUGUUCUGCACUAUGUAACAACUGUCUUUGCAAGAAGCUGGAGAGAUUUUGUACUCCCUGAGGAGCAGGAAUCAGAUGUCAAGGGUUUUGAUGACACAGUAAAACCAGUUGAUUGUCAGAAGCUCUCAUUAAUAGUCCUAGAAGCUUGUCAACAGAUUCUUGAUGUUGUUUUAGAAGUUCUUUCCAAGUUGUCAGAGGAGUGCAAAGGAGGAGUAAAAUCCAGAGUUGAGGGACUUGAGCAUGUAAUGAAGGCCACCCUUGUGGGACAGAUCCUUCCUAUGCUGGCAUCAGUUUUGUCCUCUGAUAGAUGUCUCACUCUGUCCAUGGCUAAGAGCUUUCUCCAAAGUGUGACCAACGUAACGGUGACUGCAGCAAGGGUUGCUCACUUCAUAUCAGAGUUGAAAUCAUCGUCACAGGAUGAUGCUAAAGAUGAAUGUCGGGCCCCCUCCCCGGAAUCCAGUACUUUCUUAUCACCAUGGUUAAGACCCCGUAAAGUAGAGAGUCCACACCCAGUUAGAGAUGCCUACCAGUGCUGUGAAACCGUAGUGUUACCAGGCGUAUCAUGUCUGUAUCUUAACUUUGAUCUAAGAUGUGCCACUCAGUAUGAUUACGAUAAGGUACUUGUAUACGCUGGCAAUAACACAAAUGGUCGCAAAGUUGCAGAGUUUGGUGGCAACUCGCAUGGCGCAGGCAGCAGAGGUGUUGUGCAGAUGGGAUGGCCAAAGGAACCUCUCAUGGUGGAGGGUGAUGCAGUCACUAUCUCAUUCCAAGUGAAGAGUUCACGGGAGCGUAACACCCCAGAUGUUGCUGUGUGGGGAUUCAGUUGCAUUGUAAGCACAAAGGAGUAUAAGGAAGAACCUUCCACGCUGUUGUUCUUUGACGACCUGUACCUAAGCCUCUCAUUACUCACCCACAGUCUGCUGAAGGUUAGGUACCAGGGCCCAGCAAAUACGGAAGCCGAAGAUGCUUGCCAACAUUUACUCGAUUCUGAAUUGUUACAAAGGUGUGUGUGGCCAACCUCAGCUGACGCAUCGACAGCAUCAGGAACGUGUGGUACAGCCAUUACAGUUGAAUCAGAGAAGAGUUCUCCUUCUAGUCUUGAAAGUGUUUCAUCGAAGCCGAGCGUCAAAUUGUCUCCAGACCUUUUGAAACGUCUGAGAGUUGCCUCAGGUAUUCUGGCCCCCACUCUCCGCCCCAGCCUACAGCAAGCCAUACUACCAGAAGCCAUCGAGGAAGUAGUGGUUCGGUGUGCGAUUAACCAUUUAGGACUCAGUAAGACUGUUCAUGGUCUGGAGCUUCUUCAGGCGACGGAGACAGAUGGUGAGGAGUACAGUUACCUAUGUGACGUGAUGCGGGAGGUGUACAAUCGUUUGAACGGUCUGAUCAGACAGCUGCAGACUAUGGCGGAGAUGGAGCAGAAGUGGGCUCACGAGAUGGAAGAUGUACGUAGUGGAAUCCUGCAGCCGAGUGCUGCCUUCUUCGAUGAAUUCCACCUGCAAGAGGCCAAGAGUAAGGAGCUUGAGUUACUGUGUUCACUGAAAAAUGUUGAGUUUGAUCCCAUAGAGCAAGAAAAAUCGGUGGGCAAACUGAUAGAGCGGCUGGAUACAGAAGCAAGAGCAGAACCCCAACAGGCUAAAAACGGUCUGAAUGUGAUGCCAGUCACCAAGAAGUUUCUGUUUUCUAUUAUGGAGUGUGCAGAGCUUCUUUGUAAUGUGACUAUUGAAGCGAGCCGGAAGAAACCUGUUCCAGAGAGAACUAUAUCGCACUGUAGCUUUGCACCGGAUCACGGUCAACAAUCGAAACAAGUUACCUCCAAGGACGAGAACCUUGCUCCUUCUUCGCCGCUUCUCAGUCGCUCAUUUUCAGCACCAUCCACCCUGGAUCAAUCUACGUCACUUCAGGAAGGCAUACAUGACAUACGUAGAUUGCAGCGCUGGAGAACGAACGUUCAAAAGAAGCACAGUCGGGUUUCAUCUGAAAAUCAGACGGAUUCUGAUGCAAGAACUUUUGUUUCGACUGUGGCCGAGAUUUUCACUUUUAUUGGCAGCAAUCCAGACAAAGCUGUGACUUGUUCCAGUUUCCUCGCUGCAGCUCGAGUCCGGAAUGAGCGAGGGUUGGACCGAGUGCACGCUCUCCAGUGUAUGAUAGAGCUGGUUACAGUUUGCUCCCGACUUGGUUUGCAUUUGCCUUAUGUGAUGACUGCUGUGGCUUCCAUUCUUGCUCAAGGUCCAAGGCCUGAGGAGCUUAAAUGCGGAGGCAUGGUGCGAGAGGUUCGCGACAUGUUCUCUGCUGCAGUCCAAGCCGUGGUCCAGAGGGCGUCCUCUGAGCCAGAAGUGUAUCGUGACAGCGUAUUAGUGCUCUCUGUCUGUCCGUUCUCAUGGCACGAAGAGCGCUGUGUAAUGAGGAGUGGUUUAGUGUAUCUGUUGGAUAAACUGUGUUCUAUGAGAAGCAAAAAGACUGACACAGCAUUGAAUUUAUCAGCUAUGGCUUGGGCUGGCUUUCAGGUGCUUUUGGAUCGGAUAGUUCAGUGGGAGAAUGGUAAAGAUUUCUGCCUUGGUGCUAUUGAGUGGUCUGGCUUAGCCCAUCAAGUGUCCAGUCUGUUGUCGAACUACCUCAGUUGUGUAUUGGAGGAGGGCCGUAAGGACGGUGUCUCUUCUAGGGACGCUCUGCAGUACGUCAUGGAAUUGUUACACGGAAUUAGCAGGAGCAAACUAGGAGACGGGAUUCUUCGUGAGCCACGCACCAUCUCCACCCUCCUAUCGCUACUACUGGAUCGCGAAGCGCCUCCUAAACUAAUACUUAUUGUGCUCAAACUCUGCUGCUUGGCCUUACCAUUGAUGAGCGCCAAGAGCUGCGAGGAAGUAGAGUUACCCUCCUCUGCCAAGCUAUAUUUUGGAGGGAAACAUGAAGAGAGCCUUGAGGGGAGCUCAGUGGUUAGAGUAGCUAAACUGUUUCUUGCUAAGCUGGGUGACUUUUUGCUGCCUUCACUGAGUCCGGAAAGGGAGGAAGAUCAGGAAGAAGAAGUGGAUGAAUAUGACGACAGUGAGAUCGCACACAAAGAUGAAGACAGCAUGUGUGUGUAUGUACAUAAACGAGAUGAUCAACCGGCUCAUGAAAUUGUUCGGAAUGUUCUCAGUAUGAUCAGUAUGGGCUUUUUCUUUGUUGUUGGACACGGUUCGGAGUUGGAGCGCGCGGUCAAGCUUGACCAAGAGCUGACCGAGUACGGACAAGGUGUUCUUCUCACCGACACUUUGUCAGAGUGUUUAAAGAAGGCGGCUGAAUGGGCUCAGAAAGGACUUGUGGUCAGUAUAGGCCCUGCUGCCUUGGCAGAAGGAGAUGGAGGACAAGGAAUACCUUUAGUGGGAUCCGGAGACCCAGAGAGAGUCUGUAAAGCCAGGAACAGCCGUCUGUCAAGAACCGAAACCAGCCGUCCAUUCAUCAGUGGUCAAGUAGCUCACACCAUGGCUUCUGAAGUGAUCUCUUUGUUGCACGGGUUCUUAACGCAUUCUACCUCUGAGACCGCUAAGAUAUGGGCCUCUUCUGUGCGAGAUGUGUUGUGCGAGGCGCUUAAUUACGUGCCCGACUUGGUUAGGACCCUGGAAGCGGAAGGAAGGAUCUCAUCAGACGGGCCCCAAACGGCUCUCAAAGAACAGGAUUCCGAAGAUGAUGAGAAGACUGGUCAUGAACAAGAGUGGAUUUUCAAAGCUAGGAGCAUUAUGGCGUCUCUCUGUGCUCUGGGUGGUUUUGGCCAAAGUAUCCACCCAGGGUGCACAGUUCUGAUCACCGGAGAAGAUAUGGUACGUACAACUGGCGAAGUUGUCAGUGUGUCCGAGAGACAGGGCGUGGCUACGGUACUUCUGGACAAGGGAGGGGAAAGCUACAGCGAUAGGGUACAGGAGAUACCACUGGCGAGGCUCGAAGUUGCCAACGCUCAGGUUGUGUAUCUUACCGAGUUGUCCAUGGAACAACAAACUGUCGCUGCUUUGCUUACUAUUUUAAAUUCGAAAGAAAUAAUUUUUGAUCAGCUUUUGGAGGCAGACCAAAGUGAGAAAGUUGUCCCUCCCUCACCCGCAGCAAGAAUUCUGGCGGAAAUGAAAACAAGAGCAAGUAUGGUGCUAUCUGCCCAGAUGCAUGACUCAUCCUUUAUCACGGCCAUUUUAUCAAACCCGUCAUUCGAGAUCAUCUCUAGAUUAUCAGGAGAGUGCGAUCCAGGCUUAAGACUGCCUGUAAUACAGAAACACUGCCAGCAGCUGCGAAAACUCUUCAAAGACUUCGUCAAACCAGAGCCACCCAAGAAUGCAACCAAGAUCGAAAAAAAGAUAUUGCUCGACGGAAGUCAGGUCUUCCCUCCCGUGCGGGGAUGCGUUUUUACUGAGGGACACACCUGUGUUCACUUCAUGGAUGACCCUACGGCAGGUUCCGGACUUCCGAGGGGGUUGUUUGUUUAUGCAAGUUCUCCGUUACCUCAAAUGGCACCAUCCUUUUACUGGGAAAUCGAACUUUGCUCCCUAGGGGACAAGGAAGAACCGGAACCGGGUCCUUGUAUUUCCGUGGGAUUUGCUCCUAAGACAGAUCAGCCUGCUAGUGGCUGGGUAAACCCCGUGGGCUCUUGCCUCCUACACAGCAAUGGCCGUGCAGUGCUCUACAGAACAGGUGGGCUCCUUCAAUGGAAAACUGUCUCGCUAAAUAUCGUGAUGAAAGAAAGAGACGUCAUUGGGUGCGGAUAUAAAAGAGCUGAAGAUCAGGCCGAUCGGGGAAUGGUGUAUUUCACUUGCAAUGGCGAACGGUUGGCAGAAGGCGUAGACGGGGUGCAGACUGGUCUGUGGCCUGUACUUCACAUUCAGAAGAAGAAUGUACGUGUUCGUGUGAACUUCGGUUCUCGGUCGUUCCUCUACGAAGAGGGUUCCAAACACCGUUUGGCGGCCGACUUGUGGAGUGACUCGUUAGUGGACGUCAGACAGGGAUUCACUGAGCUUCCGUUUGCUCUCGAACCUGACCAGGAUGAGGAGAUAAAAGGACAAAAGCCUCCUAAAGUUUGUAAACCCUCGCCACCUACACCUGCACCAUUAGAUAUCCCGAAAGACUCAGCUAAAGAAUACGACCCACUGGCCUGCCUUCAGUACAAACUGACAAGUAGUUACAACAGAAUGACGGAUGUAGGACCAGUAACACCUCUCCGCGCGAGUGAAGAGAGCAACAGCCAGUGGGGAGAAGCCCCACCGGUAGAUCCCUCUCGCUUGUUGGUGAAAGCGUGGGAGGACAAGGUUUUUCCCAUCAUCAGAAGACGAUUUCGUUCAAACGCUGACCGCCAAUCGGGGCUUGAGCAAAUUAAGGGAGCUCUACUUGCAGGAAUGACAGAGAUCGCCAUAGCAACAGUAGCUGAUUUGUACGAAGAUAAUGGCGGUAUCCCUUCAAUCCUUCAAUUUCCCACGCUUGAUGACGUCAAGGCCGACGUUAACAAGGUGAGCGCGGGGGGACUGAGGCCAGGUCAGGCUGUUAUCAUUAAUAGCCCUACUCUGAACCAGGCAGCCUGUGUACCUGGCUUUGCUGUCCCGGAUAUGAAGAAGACAUUCGGACUUACUGGGGUGGUGAAGAAUGUUGACAAGCCUCAAGGAUUAGCAGAAGUAGAGACAUACAACAGAGAAGAAGGAAUACUUAUGAGAUUCUGGUAUCCUAUCCGUACUCUUGAGCGGCCGACCGCUGGUCUGGCACGUUCGUCGUCGCUGGCAUUGUGCAGCGAAGACCGCACCCGCGCCGAUCUUUAUUGUGAGCUGCUCCGAAAUGAGGCUUGUAUGACCCGGAUGUACUGUAGAGAGGCGAAUGCCAGGUUGCUUGCAAAGCUGGCAGAGAGUCAUAACCAAAUCUCAGAUGUUUUAUCGCUCCUCCAAGCUCUUACUGCCCAAUUAUUGGCUGUGCCUCAGUCCGAUGGCUCUAUUAUCAUGACGUCACCUCACUCAGCCCCAGGCCCCCGUCACUGCCUCACAGCCAACACCUUGCAACCAAGCACUAUCUUCUUCAGUGAACCUGCGAAGUUAAUUUCCGAGGUUCGUAAGUUGCUGUCUUUGGCAGCCGAUCAGGACGAAGAAGAGGUCCUUAGGAUGGUAAGUACUGUUUGUGAGGUGCUGAAAGAUCCCCCCUUGGGCGGCCACCACCGGGAAAUGUCGGUCGCGGCUGGAAAAGAGGACGAAGAGGUGUACUUCCCAGGCGCAGCGGUGACAGUGGUUUCGUGCAGAGAAGAUCCCGGAUGUUUAAAUGCAGGGUGCUUGUCAAACCCCAAAUCACCAUGUGUGUCAAUUUCAUGUUAUCAUGGAAACCAGAAAGUCAAUAAGAAUGGCCAAGUAGCUCGGUACAAAGUUGUUCAGUAUCCCAACACAGCCGAACCAAACAGCUCAGCAUCAGCGGGAGCCGACCUGUUUCCAGAUGUGAUUCUUCCAUGCAAUCGUCUUGACGUUCGCUUCUUCAGCUCCGCUACGGAAGGACUCAUGCUCCAUUUAAACGCCUUUCCUGCGGAGUUCUUUAUGUCACUUGUUUUCAUUGAAGUCUUUAUUUCAUUUUACCUGGAAAAUUCCUUGGAGGGUUUCAGAAAUUCGAAGAACAAAAGUACUAGUGGUGUCGAAGAUGUAAGCAGCCGGAGAAGUUUGAAUCAGAGGACUAUUGUUUACAACUUGAUUGACAUUCUCAGUUCGUUUCUUAUGAAGUCGGAUUUGCCCGUUGUUGUCAAGGAGAUUAUUUAUCACCUACUGGCACAGCUUAUCAGAGCUUGUCAUCUGGUGGAAUCACAGGGAAACCAAUCUCACAGUGCCGACCAUUGCAGCACGUUGGACUUGGCCCUGUCGCGAUUGAGUCCCUUGCGAGUUGAGCUGCAGAAAUUGUUAGAAAAAGAACUCUCGGUUACAAACACAGCAGCGCUGGAUUUCAUUCUCAACUGUAACUUUGAACACAGUGAGUUCUCGUCUUACUUGCAGGCUCUUCUAGGGUUGGUUUCAGCAACCAAUGAAGUAUCAUCAAGCCAAGGAAAAUCGGGCAGAGGUAUGUCCCUGAAGGAAGUCCGCGAGGCUUUACAAGCUGCGGUCUCUUUGGAUGAGACUGACAAUGUAGUGCGGUCUGCUCCACCAGAAAGUGUUGACAACAUGUUUAAUUUUGAAGCGGAAGCUGUUUAUCCUCCUUCGGCCACGGAGACUGCGGCGUCGUCCGGUCCUCCUUCCCCAAAGGUUAAGGCGAGCGAAAGGCGCGGUAGUGUUCGUCGGCGUAAAAGAGGUUUCGGACAUGGUGUCACGUCUCCCACAGAGAGCAUGCCUUGGUUUGAUAAGGUCGUCGGCACCACACUGCUGCUGAGAAAUCUCAUUCAUAAAGAUUCAAGGGGGUCUUCCCAACUCUCUGAUAGUUUGGCUGCGGUCAUUGCUUCCAAAAGUACAGCGCUGCAACGACUUCUUAUCAUCACCAACAUUUCUACCUCCUUGAGUAAGAGAGAAGCUCUGGAGGCCAUUAAGAAAGCUUGCAGACCAAGUGGAGGCAUCUACGAGAGCGUACUUUACAUUCCAGUGGUCGAGUCGCGCAGUAAAACAGAGGAGCCAGGCAAGAAGAAGGAAAGUGAAGAGGUGGAUUCCAGGCUAAAGUCAGUGACGGAACUUCUACCCAGUGCCCAGAGAGAAAAGCCCGACAAGAUACUAGGUUAUGCUGUGGUGGAGUUGAAGAGUUCAAGUCAACUUGAGCUAGUGUAUCAAACCUUAAUGUCUAGUAAGACGUUAAAGGAUCCGUCAUUGACAGACUCCACCGUUGGUGUGGCUAAGGUCAACUCUGAACUACUUAUGGAAGGAACUAACGAGCUCGCCGCUUUUUCGGUUUUUGAUGAGUUUUUAAACGCUAGGUUGUAUACCGAUGCUACAGCCAAAUUGCUCUCUGAAUCGGCGAAGACAGCUCUGGCAGAAAUUUUCUCGAGCUGUGCUCUCGUUUCUAGAGAUGAUUCGUCAAAUGCCGCAGAGGCUAGAUCCACGAGUGUGGACAGUGUAACUGACACAGCUCUGCAAACUGCUGCUGUGGAACUACAGAAAGCUGAUACCGUUAGUGAAGGCAGCACAAACAAGGCAGAGGAUACUGAAUCUCAAGGUCAAGUCGAGACAGACUCAAGGUCACAGGAAAUUCCGCGCCGAGAUACAGAUUCACUCAGUAGUAAUGGUGUGCAGAGCGAGACGCAGUCCAACCAGAGCAACUUUGCCUCCAUAACAAAAGUACUGCUGACAAACGAUCAAAUUUGUAGGGUUACACCCGGAAACUUGCUGUUAUCAUUUUUCAACGCCGUGCGUCACGCUAAAGAAUCAACCACACAACUUGUGACCCAGAUCCUAAGGAAUUACGGAAGCCCUGUUGAAGGAACCGAUGAAAGAGUGCUUGGACUUGAUGGCUUUCAUAACUGGGCGCUGUCUCGUGGCAGUCAAGAUGUUCGAUCGAUAUGGAAAGGGCUUAUUGCCUGUGGUUAUGAUCUGCAGUUCAAAAGGUGCACUUACUUUCUUCCGUCUGAGAUGGAAUCAGAUCAUGCUAACUGGCCUGUGGCUCGUGACCACGCCCUUGUCCUGUAUGUGGAUACCCUGUGUCGGGCAUGGUCUACCACUCCGUCCCGUCUGAUGCCGGAUGAACUCCUUCUCUCUGAGGUGGACCUGACAAGCGAAGAUUUCCGUCAGUUACAGGGUGUGUCUUUAAGAAGCCUGAGAAGUCGUUUUGCGUUCCUCAAGUCAUUAAACGCAGACGUAGAACGCCUACUGUUACCUGUGACCGACUUUAGAGCCGCUGAGACGUUUAACCUUAGCACCGCUGCCCUUCUGAGAGAUGCCCGCGGGCUCCUUUUUUAUCACACCAAGGUAGCGUUGUUGAAUCACGUGCUUAACCACACUGCCCAUCGCGAGGCCGAUGAUCCGCCGCCCGAAGUCUCUAUAGAUCCACUGCAGUCCUUAGAAGUGGAUAAGGUGUCUUCAGCUGGGCCGCAGUUCUGUCAGGCCGCUCAUAACAUUACUGCAGUUCCUUCCAGUGGACUCAGAGUCAAGGUCGCCACCGGUGGAGACCCAGUCUUCCCUCUGAAAGUUGUACUCCAGGGAGAGCAGGUCCUGGGGUCAGGUGGUUCCUUCCGUCACUUUAUGUGGCUGAUGGCGCGUGAACUCCAGGGUAACCAUGUGGGGCUUUUAGUGCCAUGCCCUAGCUCUGCUGCCAACAAGAACAAGGGAAAGUUUAUUUUGAAGCCGGGUCCUAUGACAUAUGCGGAGGAGGAAUUGCUCAUCUUCUUCGGACAGCUGCUGGGAAUUGCACUGAGAGCUGAUAUUCCACUCGCUCUGGAUCUGUUACCUUGCUUCUGGAAAAGCUUGUUGAACCUCCCGUUGGACCCGCAGGACGACCUCAGAGAAACUGAUAUUCUCACUUACAACUACUUGCGACGAUUUUCGGAGGUGGAAAGCGCGGAGGAAUUUCAAACGUUGUGUUUUGAAGCUGAUCUGUGCCCAUACCGAUUUGUUUACACCUCCCUUGACGGCGAAGAAGUAGAACUGUGUGAAAAUGGAGCUGAUGUAGCCGUUACAUGGGAGAAUCACAAAUCAUACGUACAAGCAAUUAGGGAUUUACGACUGAAGGAGCUGCGAUGUGAGUCCCGUAUGGCGGCUGUUCGGUGUGGUUUGUCUUCAGUAGUCCCUCUGCAUGUACUUACAGUCAUGACUCCACUGGACAUGGAGAUUCGAACGUGUGGGCAACCCUCUCUUGACCUAGGAUUUCUCAAGGCGCACACUUGCUAUGUAGCAGGAGUAAAAGAUACUGAUGUGCACAUUGAAUACUUUUGGAACACAAUGGAAAGUUUUUCUCAGGAUCAGCUGCGAAAAUUUGUGAAGUUUGCAUGUAAUCAGGAAAGAUUACCAAGCCGAUGCACUUGUCAGGAUGGCAAUCCUAACACAGCUGAUGUACAUGUCCCACCAUACCCCAUGAAAAUUGGUCCCCCAGACGGGAGAGGUCCUUCAGACGCGCGGUACAUACGGGUUGAAACUUGUAUGUUUAUGGUGAAACUGCCGCAGUACUCGACCCAGGAAAUUAUGACUGAGAAGUUGUUAUAUGCUAUCAACUGUCGUGAAGACCCUCUGACGGAUAUCACCUAAUACUGUUUAAAGGCAAGUCUGAAACCGGGAAAAAAAAUCUCGUCAUCAACUCAUAAGAAGAAUUCAAUUACAAGUGAACCGGAAGCUACGUAUUCGGUUGUUUUUGCGCUAAGAACCACGAAAGACAUUUGAAAGAAAAGACAAUGACUACAUUCUGUUUCUUUUGUGGAUUAACUGCACCUUCUUGCCUUGGAUAUUAUGCCAUAAAGACAUGCCCAUGCAUCAGUGUGGAAAAAAUUUCUACGAUUUGACUUAUAGGUUGCAAAUAUUUUUUAAUUCAAGUUGUUUCCACGAUGAAUUGAAACGAAUUUGAAGCUCUCUUGGAUCAGAUAUUUAUGCUUGGCUUUUGAGCAAUCGAGAUUGUUAAUGUUUUUAACGUAACGAAAUUAAUCGUAACAAGCAUCUCUUUGCAUCUGCCUUUUACGGAUCUUUUACCCCAUGACAGUUGAUAUAUUUAGACUUUGUCCAUUCCCUGUGUAAUGAUUCCAUUAUGCAUGUGGGAAGAAGUAAAGAAUUAACUUUAAAAGAAGUCUUUUCAAGGAAAAUAGUAAAAGACUGCGAAGAGUAAGGAGUAUUUUAAGAUCACAAGAUCACUGAGUUAAGGAGUUAAAAGAAUCAAGUGAACAUUGUUUUGAAUUGAUAAUUUCUAGAAGAAAAACAAAAUGGAU